AAAUUUGGACUCGAUAAUAGAACCCAAGGCUCGAAUUAGUUGAGCCGGAUUGCAAAUUCCACAGCAAUUCUUCGUGUUUAAAAGCCUAGCCCAAAUUCUGAGCUCUAAGUUUUGACAAAGAGCCACGAAUAGACAUAGGGACAGAACUAAACCCGCUGAUGCGAAAUCAAAACGAAGUAACUGUUCAUCAGCAUCAAGAUUCGAAAGCGCCAAGUUCUUGUUUAUCUAUAGGUGCUAAAAUGCGUGAAAGAUAUACUUUCUAGAGCUCCUUGCUUAAAUGGAAUCUGUUGAUACUGAAUCUAAGGCUCCAAGUCAGAUAGGUGACCGAUCAACCAGUGAUGUUGUUGUAAGGCUACGAACACAGGAAGGCCGAGAUGAAUGGUUAUAUUGUCACUCUCACAUCCUUGUGGAUAAGUGCAAAUAUUUUGCUGACCGUCUUUCAGAGAAUUGGCCAACAUGCCAGAUCCUUGACUCACGCAACUGUGUGGAAGUUUACUGCCAAGAGUCAGACUUUGAUCACCAUGUCAAUGUUCUACGUCUUCUCUAUGUUGUUACUGAUGGCUCAGUGGAUGAUAUGUGGCAGGGUGUGAGGAAUGCUGUUGGCAUACUUCAGGUGGCUGCUGAGCUUGAAUGCCCACAAAUUGUUGCUGCUUGUGUUAACUACUUGGAAGCAGUUCCUUGGGAAGAGGGUGAGGAGGAGGAAAUUCUAAGAAUAAUACCAAGCAUGGGAUCACAAGCUGAGCCUGUUCUUGCCCGUCUGCAGCCGGUCAAUCCAUCUGCUAUCAGGGGGCUAUUUUUGUCAGCCAUUCGGUUUGCCACAUCAUCACCUCUUUCCCACUUGAAUGACCUAAAAUCAGCUGCCCAAGAGCAGCUUGAAUACAUGAUCACUGAAGAUGAUGAUGGCCCUAUAUUAACAGCUGAUGAUGAGAUAAAAUCUGAGGUAAAAGAAUGUGUAAAAAUUCUAUUUGGUAGGUUUGGAAACCUAUUAGAAGCCAUAUUACGUGAGCACAGAGAAUCUAAUUCUGAAGAAGAGAAACUGCAAUUGUUAAAAUCCUAUCUUUUAGAUCUAUUGUGGGCUUGUCAGAUAUUGACUAAGAUGGAAAUUAUGAGGGAAUUCGUGAGCAGUUGGGUGGAUAUAUCAGAUAAGGUAGUUAAGGUGGUUCAGCAAGAAAGUUCAACAGCUGAAAUGAUCGAGACAAAAUAUAAGGUGAUUGAGGUGGCAUCCAAAGUCCUUGAAACAAUAGGAUAUGGCAGUGUCAUUCUGCCAACUGCUAAAAGGCUUCACAUGUUAAAGGUGUGGCUUCCAUUUGUGAGGGUUACAAAACCUCUGGUCGAUUCUGUAACUGCCAGUGGCGAGGAUACUGUGGAAUUUAAAGUUGAUGGUGAACUUUGGCAGUCCUUGGAAUCCACAUUUGUUUCAAUAAUUCUUGCUUUACCUUCCGCUGACCAGGCUGAGAUUUUGUCUGAAUGGCUGGAAAAUGAACAUGUAAAGUAUCCAGACUUGACCGAGGCAUUCGAGGUCUGGUGUUAUCGUUCCAAAGUUGCCAAGAGAAGACUAGCAUUAUGUGGAGGAAGCCUGGUAUGACCAACAACACUGUUGACUUUUUUCAGCAUUUUAUUAGGCAAUGAUUCAGGAACCUCUUGCUAAGUCAAGCAUUGAGAACUCAACCUUUUUUUUUUUUGUUCAUACUGCAUAUAGUUGAGGGGAUUUCCUAGAAGGGAAAAGUGUCCAAACUGAGAUUCUCUAGAAUUUGAUGGCCCUCUGAGCUCUUUUUUCAAUAACUGAUAGUUAUAGCUUCAACAUUCAGCCUCUAGGUCUGUACAUCAUGUGAUGAUAAUUCUUUCUUAAUUUGUAAAACUUGUAAUUCUCAAGAAGUUUGAUUUCAGUGAAGCUGUAUAAUUUCAUAUGGAUCAUGCUGUUCCUUUGAUACAA